AUGCAGCAAGUCUACACAGAAUGCGUUCAGAUUAAUCGUCUUAAGGUUCUCGUUUGUGGUGAUCGAGGUGUGGGAAAAACUGCAUUGAUUCAUGCAUUUCGAGAUGAUUAUUUCACGGAAGAUCCGGAUGAGACCGGAGAAAUGGUGUGUCGGAUGCUUUACGUGCAGGAUCGACGGACAUUGUUCCAGAUGGUCGAAUUACAUGCUAACAAUUUGUUACCAGAUGAUGCACAUAAUGCAAGAGCUAUAAUGCUCCUAUUUGAUGACGAAUCCCCGAAAACUAUAAUGCGAAUCCAAAAAUACUGGUACUCCAAAAUCAAUUUAUAUUUCUCACAUGUACCAUUAUUUCUCGUACGAAGCAAAUGCGAUUUACGAACGUCAUUUAAUCCUGCAAAUGGUGUGAAUUUGAAGAAUUCUGUGCAUGCUAUGCGUUAUUUAGAAUGUUCCGCAAAGCAAAUGAAUGGUGUGAAAUAUGUGUUCCUUGAGAUUCUCGGUGCUAUUAAGCCUGAAGAAAGAACGAAAGAACCAGAUGACUGUAAUCUCGCAAUGACACCAACGCAAGCGAUGGCCGCUGUAGCAUGCAGAGUUAGCAGCUCUGGGCCAAUGUUAAGACAGAUGCUAGUGAAUGCACGAGAAUGUCUAACAAAUCCUGCAGCGUUUCCCGACGUUAAACAAUCACUUGACAGUUAUCUGCCGUUCAACAUUUUUGGCAGUGGGCCAACUCCUGAAGAAAGCAACAAGAACAAUAUUCUGAAGAAAUUGGAGGAGAACGAAAAAACAGCAAAAGAAGGAUCAAGAAAGGAUUCAAGCAGAGAUGCAGACACUAAUGAAAAAGAAAAUCGAUAA